GCGGCGUUCUCUGAGCUGGCCCCCCUUAACAUUGCCUUCUGCACUCGAGCCUGUGAUGGCCGACUGCGGGCACCUUGGCUCAAGCUUCAAGGUUUUUCAGUCUUGACCAGCACACACAAUCUAUAUUGGAGCUGCGUAAACUGCUCUUGCGCAGCUUGCCAGGAUGGCGGCAACCAGGAAAGCACCAUGGAGCAUGUUCGUGGCAAUGCUUCCUGUCCAGGGGGUUCCUGCUGCGAUUUCCAUGAUGGUGCGAGAGCGUAUCCACAACGACACCCAUAAUGACACCCACGACCUUUACAACGGCUCGCGCACGAGUGCCCAGACGGCAUCGUGCAGUUGGAGCCAAGGUUAUGCAAGUGGGUGGGCCCCUGAGCCACAUUGCCAUUAUGCUAACUAUCACCCUACAUGCAAUUCUGCGAACAAUGGCAAAUACUAUUAUGGCAACCCCUGGGAUACAGUCGGCGGGUACGUCACGAGCUUGGCUGGCUGCAAUGGCGGUUGGUUUUAUCAUGGCAGCAAGUCUUACGACCGGAUAUUCACUUGCAAUUGCCAGACGACGCCAUCUCCAACCUCGUACCCGACGCCCUACCCGACGCCCUAUCCGACGCCCUACCCCACGCCCUACCCCACGCCGUACCCGACGCCCUACCCGACUCCGUACCCGACGGCCUUCCCAACGCCGUACCCGACGGCCUUCCCAACGCCGUACCCGACAGCCUUCCCAACGCCGUAUCCGACGCCGUACCCGACGCCCUUCCCAACGCCGUACCCGACGCCCUUCCCAACGCCGUAUCCGACGUCAUACCCGACGCCCUUCCCGACGCCCUUCCCGACGGCGUACCCGACGCCCUUCCCGACGCUUUUUCCGACGCCCUUCCCGACGCCCAGCCCGACUCCCAGCCCGACGUAUCCUCUGGGCUGGCCGACGCCACACCCGACGUUUCCUCCUGGAUCUCCCAUGGCGGGUGGAGCCGGCGGAGGCGUGGCUGCCACUGGCGACCCCCACCUUCAAAACGUUCAUGGUGAGCGGUUCGAUUUGAUGCAGGCAGGCAGGCAUGUCCUGAUACAGAUCCCUCGUGGAAUGAGCGCUGAAGACGCACUGCUUGUCGUACAAGCCGAUGCGAGCCGAAUGGGUGGACAUUGUGCGGAUAUGUUCUUCCAGCACGUGAACGUUACCGGCAAUUGGGCAGAAGCCCAACAAGUUGGGGGGUACCAUUACAGCGUGUCGCAGAAACCGAUCGAGACUCCGCAUUGGGUUGCGCUUGGCCCGGUCCAGCUGAAAGUGGUCCGCGGGCACACUGACGCCGGCACCGUGUACCUGAACGUGUACGUGAAGCACUUGGGGCGGGCAGGGUUUGCCGUCGGAGGUCUACUGGGGGAGGACGACCAUCAAGACGCGAGCACUCCUCCGCACGACUGCGCGAUGCGCACGGAGCUGCUCGAGCACCCCGUGUACCCGGAUGAUCCUGGCCAUUCCACGUCUUCUGCUGCGUUGGCAUCCUUCGCUUGACCACGGUUGUGGUCCUCCACUGACAGAAGAACUCAGGGUUCCGGCCUUUUGUGACUAAUGUCACCCCGCUCCUGACAGGGUGAGGCUCUUCAUGUGCCUGAUCUGAGCACCUCGUCGGGCAAGCACCACGGGCUCGGAUGGACGGCGACCCUAUGAUUCGGCCGCGCGAGAAAAAAAUGACGAAUGACCCAGCCAUAUUCCAUGCAGGCGGG